GUAACACUCAGCAACCUGCGGGGGUCGCUGAUGACUCUCUGCAAACAUGGCUGCCCAGGACGAACUCAAUCAACUGGAACGCGUGUUCCUUCGCCUGGGCCACGCAGAGACGGAUGAUCAGCUUCAAGAUAUCAUCUCCAAGUUCCUGCCCCCCGUCCUCCUCAAGCUCUCCAGCGUUCAGGAGGGUGUGCGAAAGAAAGUGAUGGAGCUGCUGGUCCACCUGAACAAGAGGAUAAAAAGCCGACCUAAGAUUCAGCUGCCGGUAGAAACCUUACUCGUGCAGUAUCAGGACCCCGCAGCUGCUUCCUUCGUUACGAAUUUCACCAUCAUCUACAUCAAAAUGGGCUACCCUCGCCUGGAGGUGGGGAAACAGUGUGAGCUGGCGCCGACCCUCCUCACUGCCAUGGAGGGAAAACCACAGCCUCAGCAGGACAGCUUGAUGCACCUGCUGAUCCCCACUCUUUACCAUAUGAAGUAUCCCUCAGACCCCUCCAAGAACGCUUGUCCAUUUAACCUAACCGAGAGGCCAAAGACGGUUCAGCUCCUGCUGGAGUUCAUGCUUGAUGUUUUACUGAUGCCUUAUGGGUUUGUGCUGAAUGAAUCUCCCACUCGCCCAUCUCCCGCCUCCUCCCAGGGAGGCUCUGAUGGGACCGUGGCUGCAAGUGGCCAGGGUCUCCCCCAGCCUCCUCCGGGGAUGAGUGUUUACGCCGCCAAGAGGGUGAUCGGAGAAGCCCAGUGGAACGCUGAGCAGCUCGAGCAGUGUAAACUGGGCAUAGUGAAGUUCAUUGAGGCAAAGCAGGUCCCAGAGGUGGAGACAGUGGUGCACCUGGUGGUGGCGUCGAGCGACACCAGACACAGCGUGGCCACUGCAGCCGAUCUGGAGCUGAAGAGCAAACAGAGCAUCAUCGACUGGAACAAUCCUCUAAUCAUCAACAAGAUGUUCAAGGUUUACCUCGGAGAUGUUCCUCUUAAAACAAAGGGUGGCAACGUGAAGCAAGAACUGAAGCAUGAGCCAGUGAGCACUAGAGUCAAACUGAAGAUCCUCCCACAUCUGCUACGGUCACGUCUGGCUGCUGAGUGCUUUCCAGCUAAUAUCCAGGUUGUGUAUGAUGGUCUGUUCGGGGCCAACAGCAACAACAAACUGCUGUCGCUCACCUUACAGUUUGUCCAUCACAUCUGCAUGGUGUGCCCGGACACUAAUAAACCUUUAGGCCUAAUGUUACUUAACGGUCUGACCAAGCUCAUCAAUGAAUACAAGGAGGACCCCAAGUUACUCUGUGUUGCCUAUUCUGCUGUUGGAAAGCUCUCAAGUCGAAUGCCGCAGCUCUUCACAAAGGAUAUAGCACUGGUGCAGCAGUUUUUUGAGUCCAUGUGCAAGGAGGAUGCUGACGUCCGCCUGGCCAUUCAGGAGGCUUUGUCGAUGAUGGUUGGAGCUUAUGCCAACCUACAGGGGGCGCUGCUGAACCUAAUGGAGGCCCUGGUGGCUGCAUACAUUGCAAAGCCUGAGGUGCAAGUUCGUCAAGUGGCCAUGAAAUUUGCCAGCACAGUGUUUGCUUCUGAUCACGUGCCAUCGAGAUACCUGCUGCUACUGGCUGCUGGAGACCCGAAGGAAGAGGUGUCUGGAGAAGCCCAGAGGGUGCUGAGGGCUUUUCCUGCUAAGAGCUCAGAGAAGGAGGGACCGAAGAAAAUGCCCUCGUUUCCUGACAUGGUGGCCUACAUCCAGGAGAAAGCAGCGCAGAGAAUCAAGACUCCAGCUAAGUACAUAGUUGGAACCUCCACGAUUCCCUUCAACCCAUCUGCGUUCGGAGAGAUCAUGCUCUACCUGAGGAUGUGUUUAGCCCACAGCGCCGGAGCCGCGCCCAUGUCCACGCGCUUGUCCGACAUGCAGGACGACGCCCCCGCCAUCGGCCGCUACGUCCACUCUCUGCUGUCCUCGGAGCCUCAGCCCUCGGUGUCAAAGGGCUCCGAGGCGAAUCCUGUGCAUGUCUACAUGGAUCUGCUGCAGCAGCUGCUGUCUGCUGUGGGAGGAAUCCCUGUAAUGUACUGUUUACUAGAGGUGGUGUCCGUGUGCCCAGAGAAACUCGCUCCCAGAUUUGCUGAUAAAAUUGACUGGAUUAAAAGCCUCAUGAACACAAACAAGGAGGACAUGAGGGAACUGGCUGCCCAGCUGUACGCUCUGGUGAUCUCCACCAUGACUGGCAACGAGCUGCAGACCGCUGUGCAGCACCUGGUCAAAAUCACCAAGGACAACCACAGCCCCGAGACUCAGCACGGCGCCAUCUUGGCUCUCGGCUACAUGGUGGGAAGGAACAUGAGCAGGAAGAAAACCGCCGCCUCCUCUGACUCCACGCAGCAAAUGAACAUCACCUCUCAGGGAGAUGAUGAGCUGGUUUCCAUGGCUACCAAGACAAUUGGCUCCUUCCUGGACAGCAGUAGCCCCCUGCUGGCUGUAGCAGCCUGCACAGCUCUGGGAGAAAUUGGGCGUAACGGCGCCCUGCUGGUCCCCGCGGAGGGUGAGGGCUUCACCAAACUCUCCACUGUGGAAAACCUGUUGGCUCGCAUUCCCUCCGGCAAGGAGAGCGCCAAGAUGAAAGAACGGUCGAUCAUGACCUUGGGUUACCUGCCGGUCGGAGAUGGAGACUUCCCUCACCAGAAGAAACUGCUGCAGGGACUCAUGGACUCUGUGGAGGCCAAACAGGUGGAGCUGCAGUUCACAGUUGGAGAGGCCAUCACCAGCGCAGCAAUAGGCACCAGCUCUGGAGCCGCCAGAGAUCCAUGGACCUGCACUGAGGACCAGUACAGCCCACCACACAAUGUGAAAAACAAUGAUGUCGUUCCUUGGGUCCUUAACUCCAUCCUGUCCAAGUAUAUACCCAGCCAGAACCCCCACGUCCGACAGGCGUCCUGCAUCUGGCUGCUCUCCCUGGUCAAGAAACUCGGCCAGCACAAGGAAAUCACGUCCAAUUUGAAGGAGAUUCAAGUGGCAUUUAUCUCUGUUCUGUCGGAUCCUGAUGAGUUGAGUCAGGACGUGGCAUCUAAAGGCCUCGGCCUUGUCUAUGAGAUGGGAGGAGAAGCAGACCAGCAGGAACUGGUGUCCACUCUGGUGGAAACACUCAUGACUGGUAAAAGAGUGAAGCAUGCAGUCUCACAAGAUACGGAGGUUUUCCAAGGAGAGGGCUUGGGGAAAACGCCUGACGGCCAUGGCCUGUCCACAUACAAGGAGCUCUGCUCAUUAGCCAGUGACCUGAACCAACCGGACCUUGUAUACAAAUUCAUGAACCUGGCCAAUCACCAUGCCAUGUGGAACUCACGCAAGGGAGCAGCGUUUGGCUUCCACAUGAUUGCAGCCAAGGCCGGGGAGCAGCUUGCUCCGUUCCUCCCCCAGUUAGUGCCACGACUGUACCGCUACCAGUUUGACCCCAACCUGAGCGUCCGCCAGGCUAUGACCAGCAUCUGGGAUGCCUUGGUCACUGACAAGACCCUGGUGGAUAAGUAUCUCAAGGAGAUUCUGCAGGACGUCAUCUCCAACUUGACCAGCAGCACCUGGAGAGUGCGAGAGUCCAGCUGUCUCGCUCUGAACGACUUGAUCCGUGGCCGUCAGGCUGAUGAACUCAUUGAUCAACUGGCAGAAAUAUGGGAGACGCUGUUCAGAGUCCUUGAUGACAUCAAGGAAUCUGUGCGGAAAGCUGCUGAUUUAACACUGAAAACGCUCAGUAAGGUGUGCACUCGUAUGUGUGAGUCGACAGGCUCUGCAGCUCAGAGGACUGUGGCCGUCAUGUUACCCACCCUGCUUGAAAAGGGCAUUGUUAGCAGUGUUGCAGAGGUUCGCUCACUCAGUAUCCAAACCCUGGUGAAGAUUAGCAAGACGGCCGGUGCCAGACUAAAGCCUCACGCUUCCCGGUUGAUCCCGGCCCUGCUGGAGGCCCUCAGCACGCUGGAGCCUCAGGUCCUCAACUACCUCAGUCUCAGAGCUACAGAGCAAGAAAAGAGUGCCAUGGACGCUGCCAGACUAAGUGCUGCCAAGUCCUCUCCAAUGAUGGAGACCAUUAACAUGUGUCUGCAGCACCUUGAUGUUUCUGUGCUGGGAGAGCUGGUUCCCAGGCUCUGUGAGCUGCUGAAGAGUGGAGUCGGUUUGGGCACUAAGGGCGGCUGUGCCAGUGUAAUUGUUUCCCUCACGGUACAGUGUCCCCAGGACCUCACCCCAUACUCAGGUAAACUCAUGAGUGCGCUGCUGAAUGGGAUCCAUGACAGGAGCUCUGUAGUACAGAAAGCAUUCGCCUUUGCUCUGGGACAUUUAGUCAGGACGGCAAAAGACAGCAGCGUAGAAAAACUACUACUGAAGCUCAACACCUGGUAUUUGGAGAAAGAAGAGCCCGUGUACAAGUCGUCAUGUGCAUUGACCGUGCACGCCAUCAGCCACUACAGUCCAGAUGUGCUGAAGGGCCAUGCGGGGGUGGCUCUGCCCCUGGCCUUCCUGGGCAUGCAUCAGGCUCCAGGUCCCGAUGAGGAGAAAGGAGAGAGCCACGAUGCCACGCUGUGGGCUGAGGUGUGGCAGGAGAAUGUUCCAGGGAGCUUUGGAGGCAUCAGGCUCUACAUGACGGAGCUGAUCGCCAUCACGCAGAAGGCCCUGCAGUCCCAGUCCUGGAAGAUGAAGGCUCAGGGUGCAGCUGCCAUGGCAACGGUUGCCAAGGAACAGACCGGCUCCUUGGUGGCACCGCACCUUGGCUUGGUGCUGACCGCCUUGAUGCAGGGACUCUCUGGGCGCACAUGGGCUGGCAAGGAGGAGUUGUUGAAAGCCAUUGGAUCUGUGGUGUCUAAAUGCAGCGCGGAGCUUCAGAAGCCAUGCAACGGCCAACCCACCGUCUCCGAGGUGUUGGAGAUUGUGUUGAAGGAAUGUCGCAAGGAAAGUCUGGUGUACAAAAUGGCCGCCCUGCGUUGUGCUGGAGACGUGCUCCACAGCAGCCAGGAGGACCGUUACAGCGAAGUGGCGGAGAUCCUCUUCCCUCUGAUCAAGAAGCGCUGUCCAGAAAGCGGCGGUGCAUCGCUGGAGGACGACGAUGACGAUGAUAAAGAUGCGAAGGACAAGGAGCUGCAAACUGAAGCUCUGCUUUGUGCUUUUGAGACUCUUGGAAAGGCUUGGCCCAGAAACCCAGAGACUCAGGCUCGAUUCCAGGUGGAGGUGUGCAAGCUCAUGUGUGAGAAGCUGAAGCUGAGCACCUGGAAAGUCCAGCUGGCUGCUCUCCAGUCCAUGAAGGCAUAUUUCCAGGGGUUGUUGCUGCUGGAGAAGGGCAGCGAGGACUUUAACGCAUUGUCGCAGAUCCUCACGGAGACCUGUGCUGCCCUCACACACCCUUUAGAAAACAAAAGUUACUCCUCGGUGAGGACGGAGGCCUUGUCCGUGGUGGAUCUGAUCGUUAAGAAAACUGGAGAGAGCGAGCAGUGGGACUGCGUGUCUGGGAAGAGUCGGGAGCAGCUGCAGCGCUCGCUGUCCACGCUGCAGUCAGACAGCAGACCCGACCUGAGGGAUAAGGCCCAGGAGCUGCGCAGACACAUCCAGAGUCAACCCUGAGCGCACAAUCACAAUCUCACACGCACACACACACACACACACACAGGUCACUGAGACACAGAAAAUAGAUCCUCAACUUCUUUUUACUACUUUAGCAGCAACACAAAACCAUGCACCACUCCUUCUCUGUCUGACUUAAUUGAUACAGCUGCAUUCUCCUAAAACAGAUGUUGACAAAUCUCUCCAUCAUUGAGUAUAUACAUAUACAUAUACAUAUAUAUAUGUGUGUAUGUAUAUAACUGUGAUGAGUGACAAAGCUUGACCCUGAAGAGACCACAGUGACGUUCUUUGUUUGUUUGAGAUCAGUGCCAGUGACGAAGAGCGAAGCUACUAUUAUAACGUGUCAAGUUCUGUUUGGUUCAUUUAAAUGGACGUUAAAUUGGUGAUGAUAAUAAAUAAAUGAUAAUAAAUAAUGCUAUAUAAACCGAUGUGGUGGGUUUGUGGACACUGUAUACCUAGAGCCCCAAACUGGGGCACAAUUUACUACUGUCGUGGGUUUGCCUACUCAUUAAAUAUCCAAUCAGCAGGUUGCACGCCUCAGCUGAGUCUCUCCGCGUCCUGAAAAAGCGUCCUUUGUCCCUUUGUCUGCCGGAUGAAUGAGUGAGACGUCUGCUUAUUUUGUGUAAUAAAUAAAAACCCUGCUGUUUAACUUAAAAGCAAUGGAAUAGUUGUUUGAAUUUGUCCCGGUUGAAAUAAAACUCCCUUGACAAUUUGGA